AUGGCAUCCAGAAUGGAAUCAACAAGCGAACCGGAGAAGAUCCAAAUGUCAGAAAGUGCCCAUGACAUGCUUGCCAAGUUCUACCCAGAAUAUAAAACUGAGCUGAGAGGAACAGUUGAUGUGAAGGGCAAGGGAACGUGCACUACGUACUGGCUGCUUGGUAGAGAAAUGCACAGCAGCCCGAGAGAGGACGAGGCUCAGCGACGUGCAACUAUGGCAAGUCUUGGGAUGUGA